AAAAAAAUAGUCGAUUAUUGAUAUUUUUGUGAUAAACUUAAACAUUUUGUACAGGACAAGACGCGAUAAUACGAUUAUCAUUAUUGUUUACAUCACCGGGCACACAGGUCACAGAGUAGAAUAUUACUUACUUUGCUGAUAAACAUAAUAUAUUUAUGGUCAAUGGUGAAAAAUUGUGGGAAGUUUAGUCAACGGUUGUAGAAUAUAAAAGAAAACAUGAAUCGACCACGCAAUCAAGUUGAACACGAGCUUAAAGCUAGGGCUCGUAUAUACGUUGCCAAUAUACCACAGUCCGGCAUGUCGCGUAAAGAAGUCGUUUCUGUAUUUCAUAAAUACGGUGAAAUCGAUAAUGUUUCACUACAAACUAGACACGUAUUUGUUCAAUUUACUGAAGAAUCAUCGGCACUUAAAGCCCUUGCUCAAAAUCCACCUGAUUAUAUUAUGAGUAAAAAACUUGAUGUGAAACCCGUAAGACCAUUUUUCUAUAGAAAUGGAGAACUUGUGAAAAAUGAUAGAGCAGUUAAUUUCGAUGCAAAUGAUAAAAGAAAUGAAAAUCGGAAUCAGCCGAGAGACUAUGAUGAUUUCAGACAGACCAAACCGCUGAUUAAUCCAAGCGUAAUGAAUCCAAACUCUCCGAACGAUUGUGAGAUUGUCGUUACUAAUAGUUCUUUAACCGAGUAUUCCGAGUUCUUAGAAGUAAACCUCAAAAAGCUCAACAUGAAAGUCGAUUUGUUGUUUCCGAAACCAGAAAUACCUAUUAAUCGUGUACUUGGAACCUUAGCACAAAGAGGAACUUUUUAUGUUUUAGUUGUUCGGGAAGAAAACAAAUUGUACAGAAGUGUUACUGUUGAUAUACUUCAUGGAGUACCUGAAGAACAUAGAAAUAUGCCGUACAAAGAUGCUCUCACAUUAAUUGUUCAUAGUUUUGACGCUUAUAUGAGAGGUGAAAAAAUGGCGCCCAUUCCUGGUGUAUCUGGUAUUCCUAUAUCUGAAUGUGGUAUACCAUUAGGAGACAAACAUCCAGAGGGAAUUACUACAUUAUUAAAUUUGUUACAAGAUCAAAGAGACCUCACAGUACUUCAAUACGAUAUGAUGUUGCAAUAUUUAAAAGAAAAAAAAGAGGAACAUAUUAAAGAAGAAGUCGGUGUUGUUCCUAGUUUUAACAAACCAACCACCGAUUUGCCAAUCCUUCCAGCCGCCGCUGCUAUACAAAAUCCACAAGCCGCUCAUCUACAUAAGCGUAUUUUGAGUAUUCUCAAUCAUAAACCAUUAUCGUCUACUGAAGUAAGCCAGGCUGAAAAAGAUUCCACUAGUAUUCUUAAAGAACCAAAGAUACAAAAAGCAUUAGAAAGUUUAUUUCAGGGAGGUACUUUAUUAAGAAAGUAAAUACAAUUAAAUGUAUUAAUUUAGUAUUUUUUUUUUUUUGCUCAUUGUAAAUAAAAUUAUUUUAUAUUAUUAUUAUGGUUUUUAUAUCUUGUGUGAUUGUUAUAACUUUUUAGUAUUGACCUUUUCUUAAAUAUUUUCCUUUUUUUGUAAUCUUGUAAUGUUAUUUGAUCAAUUCUCUUAUGAAAAAACAGUGUACCUAAUAACUA